AUUACAGGCGUGAGCCACUGCGCCCGACUUCCUUUUGGUAUUUUUCAUAUUAAAUAUCACUUUUGCAGUCAAGGAAAGUUCCGCGUUGCAAUGAAUCCAGCACUGGUCUGGUUAGCGCGGGAGCUGUUGCCGGGUCCUUGCAGGGGCACGCCGGACCGCUAGGUGGCGAGAACAAAGGCGAAGCGCAGCCGCACCUGGGCGUGUGCGUCGGGGCGGGGCAUGGGCAGCGUCCAGGGGCGGGGCCUGGGCUGUCCGGCCCACUCCCCUGGGAGCGCUAGCGGUGGGCCCAGGCGGCCAUGUCCCGCCCUCGCGUGCGCCUGGUUGUCACCGCGGACGACUUUGGUUACUGCCCGCGACGCGAUGAGGGCAUCGUGGAGGCCUUUCUGGCCGGGGCCGUGACCAGCGUGUCCCUGCUGGUCAACGGUGCGGCCACGGAGAGCGCGGCGGAGCUGGCCCGCAGGCACAGCAUCCCCACGGGCCUCCACGCCAACCUGUCCGAGGGCCGCCCAGUGGGUCCGGCCCGCCGUGGCGCCUCGUCGCUACUCGGCCCCGAAGGCUUCUUCCUUGGCAAGAUGGGAUUCCGGGAGGCGGUGGCGGCCGGAGACGUGGAUUUGCCUCAGGUGCGGGAGGAGCUCGAGGCCCAACUAAGCUGCUUCCGGGAGCUGAUGGGCAGGGCCCCCACGCACGUGGAUGGCCACCAGCACGUGCACGUGCUCCCAGGCGUGUGCCAGGUGUUCGCCGAGGCGCUGCAGGCCUAUGGGGUGCGCUUUACGCGACUGCCGCUGGAGCGCGGUGUGGGUGGCUGCACUUGGCUGGAGGCCCCCGCGCGCGCCUUCGCCUGCGCCGUGGAGCGCGACGCCCGGGCCGCCGUGGGCCCCUUCUCCCGCCACGGCCUGCGGUGGACAGACGCCUUCGUGGGUCUGAGCACUUGCGGCCGGCACAUGUCCGCUCACCGCGUGUCCGGGGCCCUGGCGCGGGUCCUGGAAGGUACCCUAGCGGGCCACACCCUGACAGCCGAGCUGAUGGCGCACCCCGGCUACCCCAGUGUGCCUCCCACCGGCGGCUGCGGUGAAGGCCCCGACGCUUUCUCUUGCUCUUGGGAGCGGCUGCAUGAGCUGCGCGUCCUCACCGCGCCCACGCUGCGGACCCGGCUUGCCCAGGAUGGCGUGCAGCUUUGCGCCCUCGACGACCUGGACUCCAAGAGGCCAGGGGAGGAGGUCCCCUGUGAGGCCACUCUGGAACCCUUCCUGGAACCCUCCGUACUCUGACCCGCUACCGACAACCAAGCACUAAUCCCCUUACUACCAAGCAAGGGGAGCCAGGAUUUAGUCCUGGCCCAGCCCAGAACCGGUCCCUGGAGCAGGGUCUGUUGACUUCCCUGGGUAGGACACUGCCACGUCUGGGCCCAGGUCCUCAUGGCUCCAAAUGGUAUCUAGAGUUUGAGCAGCCUUCUUGGCUGCAGGCGGGUCCAUCCUGUGGCAGCGGGCUAGGGCCCGCAGAGCAUUUGGUGCCCCUCCAUGCUGCAGUGCAAACACCUUCACUACUGGGGCAGUGGGGAGAGAUGGCUAUAUUAAUAAAAUAACGUGUGUCUUUCAAA